AAUGUCACCAUUUGUCAGUGAAUAGCAGUCCUCGUCUAAGACUAUGUUUGUUGACAGGGGGAAAUGUCUAGAACAGGAGGCAUUGUCCACCAAGUAAACCAUAAUUAUCACACUAUAAUACAUAUACAUGUUGUAAACACUUAAAUGUAAGCAUGUGUUAAGUGGAACACUCAACAAGAAGUGAUGAAUUACACACUAUCUAGAAGUAUUUAAAAAUUCCUGAAACUAAAGAAUGAUAUUUAAAGCUGAUGUUUGUGUUCCACAGCAAUAACUACUCCUAUACCAAGAUGUGCCGCCAACUACUGCAACUACCAAGGCGCCGUUACUGGAUCUCCGCCGAACUGUCGAUGUAAUUGUUAUAGAGGCUUCUCUGGCAACCAGUGUCAAACAGCAGACGUCAAGCAGUGUACUCGCGCGGACUGUAAUAACCAUGGAACAGCAACGCUAUCCGGGAGUACCUGUGUGUGCUCGUGUGAUACUGGUUACUCCGGAACAUACUGCAACAUAAAAGACAGGGAUACUCCUCCGACAGAAGAGUGCACAGGGGCAGACAACCCAUGUUUGAAUGGCCAGAAAGCUUUUAGGGAUUCAUGUACAAAUAAAUGUGUUUGUCGAUGUUCGGCUGGCUUUGGAGGACCACGGUGUGAAAUUGUCGUGGAACCGAAUGUGUGUGACAACUGCACCCGCAUCAACGGUGUGGGCUACGUUCCAGUGAAGGGUCGUUGCGACAUGUACGUACAGUGCGACAUCAGUACAUACUACGUCCGGGACUGCGCUCCAGGCACUCUGUGGAACCAGAACAAGAAGGCAUGCGACCACCCGAAGCUGACCACAUGCUCAGACGAUGCUUGUGCCUCCCUAAGUUCAGGUGCAUUCUAUGUCCAUAACCAUGACUGUCAGAAAUACUGGGUGUGUUCUGCUGGGCAGACCAUUGAAGAGGGUUGCUGUCCGGAGGGCCAGGGGUUCAACUCCCAGACGAGCAAAUGUGAAGUGGAUCCUAACUGUAUCAUGACAUGUAAUGGGAAAGAGAACCAAUGUCGAUCUACAUCUCCAUUUUGCCAUCUAAAGGACGUUCAGGAUGACAAACAUGCGUACCUGGAACCUGCCACGAUUGAUGGCCAAGAUGGUUUCGUUAGAAAGGAAUGUGGACCACGAACCAUGUUCAACGUUUCUCUCUGUGUCUGCGUUCACGACCCAGAACAACAAAAUUAUGACUGCAGUUCAGCUGCUACAGAACCUGAUGAGGAGCUCACAUUCAAUACGAUUCAGAAAUCAGCAAGUUACGAAGGUGUUGCACUCACAGACAGCGUGUCUGGUGUAGACGACAAAGCUGGAGAAUUCACGGGAUCUGGAAGAGUUAUCUGGUGGAGAUUCGCCAAUUCGGGAUUCAGCCACAAUAACACUGUGCUUAGGUUACGCGUCCAACCCGGGCAACUGGAGGCCGGCAAGGAAUAUGCUAUCAUCUCAAACGCAGACUGCAAUAAAACAGCAUCUCUCUCCAUUACCAUGACAACUAAUAAAAUUAUAUUCAACAUCCGGUCAGAGUAUUCUGAUCAAAAGAAAACACAAGAGAUUAACUACAGUGCAAGUCAGAAUGAAUGGAUAGAAAUAGAACUGAGGUACAUACGGCAGAGCGCCCGUGGAUACUCGUACAUCGGCUACAUCAAGGGAAAUGGAGGUCGACAGAAUACUGAUGAGCUCGUUAUUGAUGGUCCAAUCGGCACACGGGCGUGUGCACUUCAAGUUGGAGCCCAUGGAUCUGCUAGCAUCGAGGACUUCCUAGGAUAUGUAGACUGGGUUCGUGUCUGGGACAGGUGUGCACCAGCUGAGUUGUAAUCGCCCGAUUGUUAAACAAUUCAGACCACACUACAGACCCAUGACGAAGACUCUUUAUCUUGCCAUUAAAUUAAAAUCUCAGUGCGGUGUCUGUAGACUUGGUGCUUUUCCCAGACAUAGCAGUGUGUUAGCAGAAUACAGGACAACUAUAAAAUAACUGUGGACAAACUGUAUUCCACUGUGAUGUAUCAUACCACUUGCUGGAUUCCAACAAUUCCUAACAAGCAUGGAAACUUAUUUAAUAAAGGUUGCAAUUGCAACACUGAACAACUU